AUGUCUGGUGCUUCCUCUUCCCAGAUUGCAUCUGCCGUCGUUGCUGUGGUCGUAUUUCUUGUGGUGCUUGCUUACAUCGCCGGAUUUUACUUCCUCUCCCAGUAUGCCAAGCAGCAUCCGAAUACACGCCCCAAAGCCGUGGUGAUUGAGAAGUACGCACCCUCGCUGUGCAGCAUCGUUGAGACUGCCAUUUCCAUUUGGAUCUUGAUUGUGUACCGGAACAGCAGUGAUUAUCCCAAUGCAGGUGCCCGAAGUGGCAUUUGCUUGACAUUCUUUUCAGAUUCUCUAGUUGUUGGACCUUCCUAUUUUCAACCCUCUUCGCUGUGGUCAUUGUCUACCCUAUUCUCCCGGGCUACCCCGUAG